GACGAUGAGGACGAUUCUCACUUCUCAGGUGACGUCUCCGGCUAUGAUAUCGACAACGAUUCCGUUAACCCUAGCAGGUUAAACGCGAGAGACGGCGGUAAAUGCGCCACCCGGAAAGUCGUAAGGACGCAGUGCCGAACAGAGGAGUCCGAACCUGGUAAGUUCCUCCGGAAGUGCGAGAAGACAGAGCAGAUAUUCAAGGACUGCGUUGGAAGGCCUUCUGAAAUGGUGCAAUCAAACAAAGAAUACACAGAGGAAGACGUGACAAGCCAAAUGACUAAUAGUUUCCCUUUUGAUUCAUCACAGCAAGGGCCUUUUCUACCCGGACUGCAUGGUGACAUUGAAGCCAUGGAACGCAACUUCUUCAGUGGUCUUGACCGUACCGUUUCUUUGAUGCAGCGGAGCAGACAAUGAAUGGAUUCUUUGGUUCAUUUGGACUCCCCCGUGCUUAUGAAGACAAUGGCAGUACUAAUACUAAAUCAUUCCCAGCCUGGGGUCGUCGACGUAUACCACUCGAGGAAGGCAACCCCUCAAAGGAAUCUUCUACUGAAGUGAGUACUUCCAAUGGAGACAUUGAUUUUUCUGAAUUGACUAAAGAUGUUUAAAGAAGGGUUUGUCGGUGGGAUUAAAGAGUUGUUAC